UCGCCCAGCUAUAGCAUGCAGACCAGUGCGUGUCUCCCGGACACAAUGGACAACAUGGCCAGUUACCCAGAUUGGCUAGAUAGUUGUCUGUCUGUAGAGCCAAAAUCAGACGACAAUGGCGUCAUCAAUGACGCAGAUGGCGAUACAUGUUCUCAAACAGCAGAAGACAGCAAAGGAACCUACACACGCCUUCGCUCUGCGUCCAAACCUCACUCCACCCCACAAACAUUAAAAUGGUUGGAGGAGAACUACGAGAUAGCUGAAGGGGUGUGUAUACCCCGAAGCACCCUGUACGUGCAUUACCUUGACUACUGCGAGAAACAUGACACGCAACCCGUCAACGCGGCCAGCUUUGGAAAGAUCAUUCGCCAGCAGUUUCCACAGUUGACAACAAGACGACUAGGAACUCGCGGCCAGUCCAAAUACCAUUACUACGGCAUAGGCGUGCGAGAAACAUCCGAGUAUUAUGAGUUCGGGUUUUCAGCUAAGGGAGCGCAAAGUGCAUCAGAUGGUAAAAAAGACCCUUCAAAACAGAUCAUUGCGUACUCGCCGCGUUCUAAGCUCGGGACUCUUUUGCCGGACUUCCCGGAUAUCAAAGACAUCAAGCUGCCUCCGGAAGUGGAGGAAGAAAAGGUGUUGACAUUCCUGAUGAUGUAUCGAACUCAUUGUCAAAGAAUUCUGGACACUGUGAUAAGAGCCAACUUUGAUGAGGUUCAGAGCUUUCUACUGCACUUCUGGCAGGGCAUGCCGACCCACAUCAAGAUGAUCCUGGAGAGCCAGGUUCUCGUUACGCUCGUCGGCGUCUGCGACUCCAUCCUUUACAAGGCCAUCGCCAAUGUCCUCAUGCCCACCGUCCUCCAACCCCUACCAGACAGUCUGACGCAGGUGAUUCGACAUUUCUCCAUGCAGCUGGAUGAGUGGCUACGUCGGGCUUUGAAUUCCUUGCCCACGUGUCUGCAAAGAGUCAAAUUUGAUCUUGCGCGCAGCUUCGCGCAGGUUUUGAAGCGACAGACUUCGCUGAACCACCUGUGUCAGGCGGCAAGGACGGUGGUCAACUCGGCGGACAUCACGGCCCAGAUGCUUGACGACUGGUUCAACAUAGAUCUCAACAGCAUCAUAAAGCAGACGCUGUACACGGCCGACCGGAACACAGACCAGGACAGUGUGAACAUUGUGAAACUUGCACGAGACUUUGAGAUCCUGUUGGAGGACCAGGCCCCAAUGGGGUCGUAUGUCGAGUGGUUGGACGGCAUGGUAGAACAGUGUGUGGUCCAGAAGAGCACACAUACCUCUAAGGGAUUGAAGACGACAGCCCGGCACUUCCUGUUAAUGUGGAGCUGUAUCGGUACCAGGAUUAUCCGCGACAUGACCCUACACAGUGCGCCGAGCUUUGGUUCGUUCCAUCUGUUGCACCUGAUGUUUGACGAGUACGUGAUGUACGUGGUGGAGAAUUUGCACAACCAGGAGAAGGCGGCCGAGCUUCUGAGAGCAGUCAAAGGGGAGGUCAACUCGCAUUUUGUGGAGGCCUUGCUGACAUCAGUAACCCCUAACGAGGAGUGCGAUGGGCCGCAGCGAGCCUCGCGACUAAACCCAGGGCUAGAGCGUGGGUCCGUAAUAAAGGGACCAUGCGCAGAAAUGACCCUACACGAACAGCUGACGGGUUCUUCAAACACCAACUACUUCGGACCUGCCGAGUCGGAUUACAUGAGUCAAACAUCCUACAAAGCUAACGGUUUUCCAAUAUCUAGUAAUUGCCCAUCGAACAGUCCCGUGAUGUCACCGGCAUAUUCCCCCAGAAGCAACAUUGCGACGAUUCCUUGCCCCACCGGCAACGGCGGAAUGAAACCCGGAUACAUGACCUGCACUGAGCACAUCCCUAACGCGUACAACAACAACGAUUGGCCGCCAUCUUCAUUUCCCGGGAUGCCCGGCGAAAAGAUCGACUACGAACACGUGCCCUGCUACAAAAUCAGUGGCGGUUUUAUGGACAAUGUGCCAUCGAGUCAUACGCAAGUCCAGUGUUAUGAUCCAGGGUAUAAGCGACAUUUGCCAUCAGGUCACGUGACUAAUGGAGGCUACACGGAAGCUGUUGACAUAGGAAGAUCGGGCAUGCCGGAAGUGUACCCGUACCACGUGACAAAUUUAACAUAAGUUGUUAUAUAACGGGCGAUUUAUAAUUUACAACCACAGUGAAACAGAUCCAUUCAACAAACACAAACAUACAUUUAUUUAGCCACAUAUUUAUGAUUUAUGUAAUACAAAUAAACAUAGAUACGAUAUA